AUUAGUAUCCUCUGUAUUUAUUUAUUAUUAGAAAAAUGAAACACAGAUCCAUAAACCAUAGUAACUCAUUCUCUUAUGUUGUUUGUUUUCCCAGAAAAUUUUCUCAGCCAUUGUUUUGAAUGUAAUGGAGGAAGAGAAGAAGAAUGAGUGUGUGAUAAUUGAGAUUCCAGAAGAUCUUAAAAACUGGUCAGAUUGCGUUAUCUACAGAGUUCCCAGAAAGCUCCGCAAGGUAAAUGAAUCAUCUUUCACUCCUCAACUACUUUCAAUUGGACCUUUUCACCAUGGCAGAAAUGAGCUUAAAGGAAUGGAACCCCACAAGGAAAAAUACCUUGAAGAUUUCUGUAAACGCACUGACAAGACCAAACAAGAUCUGGUCAACUUCGUUUCACAUCAUUCAACUGAAAUCUUAGCUUCUUAUGCAGGUACUGUUGAGCUCACUCACCAAGUGUUUGAUCAAAUGAUUCUUAGAGACUCUUGCUUUAUAUUAGAGUUGUUAUGCCUUUUUUCUGAUAAGGGUUGUCAGUAUCAUGAUCAAGAUGAUUACUUGUUGAAAACCCCUUGGCUUAGGAAUGUUGUACAGUUGGAUUUGGUUAUUUUUGAGAAUCAGAUUCCUUUCUCUUUUUUAAACAAGUUUUAUGCCUUUGCCAAACCUAGACAUGAGCACACAGUUGGAAGUUUACGACUUAAGAGCUAUUGUUGUCCUGACUCAGAAGAAUGUUAUUGUAUUAACUCUUGUAUUCAUUUCAUCAAAGGGGUUUUAUCAUUUAAGUCUUCUUGUUGUGUGUGCUCUAAGAAAAGUCCUGAAGAUCAUAUCAGUAGUAGUAGUAGGAGUAGUAGUAGCAGUGAUGAUAGUACAUUGUUGGACAUUGCCUAUAAUUUCUUCAUAAAUUUCUCUUCUGUGCAUGUGAAGGGAAAAAACGAUGGGAUAAAAGAAAUUAAACAUUUUACUGAUUUGGUAAGGCAGUUUUGGCUUUCCAAGGAGUUCAGAAGAGAAGAAAGGCGCGGUUGUCCCUUCCGAGAACAUGAAAAGUACCUCUACAGCGCGACGAAGCUGAACAAAGCCGGGGUUAAAUUUGCUCCCUCGGCGAACAAACAAGCUAAGUUUGUCGAGUUUAAUACUAUAGAGAAACCAUUGUUUAACUUCAUACCAUUUUUGCAUUCUCUGAAAGUUGAGCUUCCUACAUUCGAGAUACAAGGCAACACAGAGACCCUUAUGCGAAAUGUCAUCGCUUUGGAGCAAUGUGUCUAUCCAGACAAGGCUUACAUCUGCAACUAUGUUGCUUUGAUGAGUCAACUUGUUGACACUGCUGAGGACAUUGAGUUUCUGGUUGAGAAGAGGAUCAUUAAGAACAUGCUUGGCAGUAACAAGGAGGUGGCUGAGUUAGUUAACAAACUUACCUAUAAAAUCACCGAAUCGAAUUUCGUUUAUGCUAAUAAAUGCAGGCAGCUUAACAGGUUCUAUGAGACUAGGUUUAACAUUGUGAGGGCAACACUCAAAAGGGUCUACUUUAAUGAUCUUUGGACAGGAAGUUCCACUGUGCUUGGAAUUUGUAUUCUCAUGUUUUCAGUCUCUUCAACUAUUAAGACUCUGUUUUUCUCAAAGGACUAGUUUAGUAGUAGGAUGGUAAAAUUAACCUGUAGAUUCAUUUGUUCCUCUUGUUUUUUAACAAUGAAAAAUGAGGAAAGAAUAUAUAUCUUCUCUAACUAUUAUUUUAGCUACACACCUAAACCUCUUGUAUAUAUAGGUUAUUACAUCUUAUAGUUUACAUCAUAUAUUAAUA